UGCGCGGGGAUGGAGGAGCGGCCGCGCUUCCUCUGCGGCGUGGUGGAAGGUUUCUAUGGGAGACCAUGGUCAAUGGAUCAGAGGAAACUUCUCUUUCAAUGGCUGCAACGCCGGGGGCUGAACUGCUACAUGUACGCACCCAAGGAUGAGCUGAAGCACCGCCUGCUCUGGAGAGAGCCCUACACAGAGCAUGAGGCAGCCCGCAUGCGGUCUCUCAUCGCAGCUGCCCAGGAGCAGGGUGUGGAGUUGAUUUUUGCCAUUUCUGCCGGCCAGGACAUGGUGUUUUCCAGUGCUGGGGAUCGCCUCCUGCUGCAGCAAAAACUCAGGCAGGUGGCUGCCAUGGGGUGCCGCUCCUUCGCGCUGCUCUUUGACGACAUCGACCCCUGCAUGUGCCAAGCUGACAGAGAUGUCUUCCCCUCCCUGGCACAGGCUCAGGCCUCCGUGGCCAACCAGGUGUACCAGGAGCUGGGCCAGCCCUGCGUUUUCCUCUUCUGCCCUACAGAAUAUUGCAGCUCGCUCUGCUCUCCCAGCCCCAGCCAGUCCUGCUACCUGCAGACCAUCGGCCAGGAGCUGCUCCCAGGGAUCGGUGUCAUCUGGACAGGCCCCAAGGUGGUGUCACAGGAGCUCUCAGCAGUGCUGCUGGAGGAGGUGGAGGCUGUCCUGAGGCGCCGCCCCGUCAUCUGGGACAACCUCUACGCCAAUGACUACGACUGCAGACGUGUCUUCCUGGGCCCCUACAUGGGCCGUGCUCCUGGCCUCAUGUCCAGGCUCCAGGGGCUGCUCCUCAACCCCAACUGUGAGCUCCAGGCCAACUUCAUCCCCAUACACACGCUGGGCACCUGGUUUCAGAGCGAGCUGAGGAGCUGUGCCCACCCUGACCAAGCAGGAAUGGAGGAGGUGGCAGCCCUGGGGGACAGCCAAGGUGCUCAGGAUGGAAGCUACAGCCCCCGGGAAGCCUUGGAACUGGCACUGCAUGACUGGGUGGCCGAGAUAAACCAGCAGGCUUUGGAGCCAGGAGGAAGGACCCCAGGACACCCCAGUGUCAGCCUCAAGGGAGGACCAAGGCUGCAGCCUGGCAUGGAGGGAGGACAGGAAGCCACUCCCAACCCUCAGCCCCACAGCUCUGCCCCUGGUGGGGCAGACCACAGCCCUGAGCCCUGCAGAGUGGCACCAGAGGAGGGGUGCAGGGAGGUGACCUCGGAGCCUGAGGAGGACAGUGGGAGCAGGACACCCAGUGGCCAUCAGCAGAGCCCUACAGGGGCUGAGGACCAGCUCGCCACAGGGAGCAGGGAGAGCUGUGAGCCCUCCUCUGCUCUGCCCAGCGGGGCUGGGAGUGCCCAGUCUGUAGGAAUCCCAGCGGCCACCAAGACCCUCCCCAGCCCAAGCCCCACCACGAGCUCCAGCAACGGGGCCAACACCAGUCAGAACAUUUCCUUGCCCACCAGUGAUGCCAGAACAGGGGAUGGCAGCCCUGUCCAGUCUCCCAGCAGCACCCAGCCUGAGGCCAUCAGGAGUGAUGUGCCCCAGACACCCCCAGGACCUGGGGCUGGUGCCAGCCCUGGUGCCCCAGCCCCACUGACGGAUGGGGUUGGUGCUAGCCCUGGGCAGCCCUCCCCACUGACUGAUGGGGUCGGUGCUAGCCCUGGUCCCAUGGCACCACUGACCCCUGAGGAGGCCGUGUCCAGCCCCACAGCACCGCUGACCCUGGAGGAGGUGCGGACGCUGGUGGAGCUCUUCUACCUGCCCUACCAGCACGGGGCUCUGGCGCAGGAGCUCCUGGAGCAUUUUCGGUGGCUGCGGGCGAACAGCCUCAGCGUGGGGGUCCCUCCCACGGCGCCCGACGGCUGCGGGGGCGGGCGCUGGCGGGGCCGGGCUCAGUCCUUCCAGCUGCUGUGUGCGCGGGCGUGCCGCCUGCACAGCCGCCUGGUCAGCACGGCCGGCCGGGCGCUGCUCUACGACCUGCACCCCUACCUGUGGGACAUCCGCAACAUGCUGCUGGCAGCCUGUGCCUUCGUCCUCUGGCUGGAUGGUCACCUCCUCUGCGACCCUGACCCCAAGGGCACCUGGGGAAACUGCUUUGGCUGGUGCCAGAGCAUCACUGCCCCGAUGCUGCUGGGGAGGGACGCCGAGCCCUGGGCACGCCGUGGGGGCCUCUUUGGAGAGCUGCAGGCACUGCUGCCCGUGGGGAACAGCUGUGACCUCUUCUACCACCCACCCCCGCUCUUCCCGUCCAGCCAGCUGUACCUGCUGCGCCCACUGCUGCCCCUGGACAAGGGAGAGCUUUACCGCAUGUGCCGGGAGAGUUUGGACUGCGAUCCCAAAGUGGCAGAGAUCCUCGUGGCCCACCCGGAUCUCCUCGGUGACAGGCUCCUGGGCAGCUUCCUCAGCCUGAGCCCCGAGUACACCUUUGUGCUGGAGGACGAGGGUGGCCCGUGUGGCUUCGCAGCCGGAGCGCUGCACGCCGAAGGUUUCCUGCAGCAGCGGGACAGCAGCUGGCUGCCAGCCAUACGGCACAAGUACCCCCCAGACCUGGGCACCGGGGGCCCAGCUCUGGGACAGGAUGCCCUGGAGGAAGCGGUGCUCUUCUUCCACGCAGAGCCACCGGCAGUGCCCCAGCCUGUGCUGAGGCGCUUCCCCUCCCUGGUACAGCUGGGCACGGCCCCCCGUGUGCUGGAUGUGGGGGCCAGUCGCAGCCUGGCCCUCUGCCUGCUGAGCGCUCUCAGGGCCAACGGCUCACGGGGAGUGUUCUGCCAGGUCAGUGACGCCGACCGGCAGCAGCUGAGCUUCUACAGCAAGCUGGGCUUUGUCGCCCUGCCGGUGGCCUGGGGCAGCUCUCCCGGCUCUCAGCUCCUGGGACGUCUCCUCUGACGGGGCACAGGGAGGCAGAGCCCCAGGCCAGGCUGGUUCCCCAGGCCAGGCCGAACCCCCCCAUCCCACACAGCAUCGGCCUGAGCGAGCGGGACCAGAGGGGCACCUCGGGCAGGCCAGGUACACAUGAGAGGGGACACGGGGGCGAGCAGGAUGUCACUGGGAUGUGUGCAGGGCUGGGUAGCAGAGAGCUAUUUCUGCUGCUCACGGGAUUUGGCCACCUCUGUGCCACCCCAGCUGCUCCUGUUUGCUGGGGAGCCAGGCUGUCUGCAGACCCUCAGGCCUGCAGGAGCCCAUGAGCAGUGUUUGGGUUUGUGGUCCUGGAGCACAGCACGGUGCCUUCGUGCUACGGGAGUGUCCCUAUCACCCAGGCUGGGCUGUCCAGCUCUCUCCAUCCCCUGCGUGCCCUGAGACUGGGCAGCUGGUGCUGGGGCUGGCUCUCGGCACUGAGGACCUGUCUGUAUGGAUUGAUCCGGUAUGGGAUGCAGUGAGGCAGCCUCUGUUCCUGUGCCUGGGGCCUGAGGGAAGCGCUGUCCUUGGCAAUAAAGCG